AUGUCUGUUCAAUUAAAGAAAAUGGAAGCAAAAGUUCGAUCGGUUGAUCUUGUAAUCGAGGUCCAUGACGCACGGAUUCCCGUAACUGGGCGAAAUGAGCAAUUUUUUAAUCAUCUUUAUGCCAUUCGACCUCAUAUUUUGGUUUUAAAUAAGUGCGAUUUGAUUAAUAUGAAAAAAUACAGGCGAUUAAUUGAAGAUCACUAUUAUGAUCGAGGAAUUCAAAAAGUUUUAUUCACCGAUUGCAAAAGAAAAUUACCAAGAGCUCUCAACGAUCUGAAAAUUAGUAUGAUGUCCGCCUUAGAAGCAACGCCUCGCUAUAAUCGAGAAGUGAAAACCGAGUAUCAAGCGAUGGUCGUGGGAAUACCCAAUGUCGGAAAGUCAUCCUUAAUAAACGCAAUGAGGACGCAUGGAUUAGGAAUUAAGAAGAAAGCAGUUGAAGCAGGUGCUAGACCGGGUGUAACAGUUCGUGUUCAAAAUCGGGUUCGAAUCCAAGACAAGCCUCCAGUUUAUGUCAUCGACACUCCUGGCGUGCUCUCACCGUCACAUAGAAACGUCGAAGAUGCAAUGAAAUUGGCUCUGUGCGAUUUAAUCUUAGAAAGUCACGUAAAUGUUUACUACCUUGCCGACUAUCUCCUUUACUGGCUCAAUAAAACUGCUGAUUUCUCAUAUACGAAAUUGUUGGGCAUUGAUGAAGAACCAUGCGAUGAUAUUCAAAAAGUAUUAGCCAAGUACUGUGCGAUAAAGGAUUAUCGGAUAAAUUAUCCAUCAGGAGAUCGUUGGGAUUUAGAUCGCGCCGCUAAACAAUUCGUUUCUUUAUAUCGUAAUUCGAAAUUUGUUGACAACUGCUUGGACAGCGAUUACUUUUUCAGAUAAUAUAUAUAUAUAUAUAUAUAUAUAUAUAUAUAUAUAUAUAUAUAUAUAUAUAUAUAUAUAUAUAUAUAUAUAUAUAUUAUUAAUAAUUCAAAAUUUGCCCGUGUUUUGAAAUAA